AUGAGAGGUACCAAGAAGCAUGUUGUCACUAGAGCCUCUCCUUCUCUUGCUAUUGUUGAGGUGAAGCCUCAUGACCAAAAAGAUGCUGUUCCUAUUGAAGCACCGAUUGUAUCUUCUUACAAUGAUCAGAUCAGGCCACUGCUUGACACUGUGGACAGGCUAAGGAACCUGAAUGUGAUGAGAGAAGGGAUCCAGCUUCCCACCAUUGUUGUGGUUGGAGACCAGUCGUCGGGGAAGUCAAGUGUUCUUGAGUCCUUGGCAGGAAUCAGUUUGCCUCGUGGGCAAGGAAUCUGCACUAGGGUUCCUCUUGUCAUGAGGCUCCAGCGAAGCUCUAGCCCUGAACCUGAAAUCUGGCUGGAGUAUAAUGACAAAGUUGUUCAGACGGAUGAGGAACACAUAGCUAAUGCUAUAUGUGAUGCGACUGAUGUGAUUGCUGGAUCUGGCAAAGGGGUUUCAGACACACCCCUUACGCUCCAUGUGAAGAAGGCUGGUGUUCCAGAUAUUACCAUGGUUGAUCUCCCUGGGAUAACCCGGGUUCCUGUGAACGGACAGCCUGAAAACAUCUAUGAACAGAUUUCCGGGAUGGUUAUGAAGUACAUCGACCCACAGGAAUCCAUCAUCCUCAAUGUUCUGUCAGCCACAGUUGAUUUUACAACUUGUGAGUCCAUACGUAUGUCUAAGCAAGUUGAUAAAACAGGCGAAGGAACUCUGGCUGUUGUCACCAAGGCAGACAUGGCUCCUGAAGGGCUCCUGCAGAAAGUAACUGCAGAUGAUGUGAGUAUUGGACUUGGUUAUGUCUGUGUCAGAAACCGAAUCGGAGAAGAGACGUAUGAAGAAGCUCGAAUGCAAGAAGAGUUACUUUUUAGGAAUCAUCCAAUGCUAAGCUUGAUCGAUGAUGACAUUGUGGGCAUCCCUGUUUUAGCUCACAAGUUGACGCAGAUCCAGGGAAUGAUGAUAUCCCGAUGUUUGCCUGAAAUCGAAAGGAAAAUCAACGAGAAAAUGGAGAUCAGUGUCCUCGAGUUUAAUAAGCUUCCAAUAGUGAUGGCUUCAACUGGGGAAGCAUUGAUGGCUCUAAUGGAUGUCAUUGGUUCCGCCAAAGAGUCUCUCUUAAGAAUUCUCGUCCAAGGAGAUUUCUCUGAAUACCCCGAUGAUCAAAACAUGCAUUGUACUGCCCGCUUGGCUGAAAUGUUGAACGGGUUCUCAGAUAAUCUGCAAGCACAAUCUCAGGUCGCUUCAGAGUUCUUGAUGGACGAAAUUAAAAUUUUAGAAGAGUGCAAAUGCAUCGGAUUGCCUAAUUUUAUACCAAGAUCUUCUUUCUUAGCUAUCCUUUCACAACAUGUGGAUGGAAUUCAUGCCAAGCCGGUUGAGUUCAUCAAAGAGAUAUGGGACUACAUUGAAGUUGUUCUCUCGUCUGUCAUUACCAAGUAUUCUGACAACUUUCCACAGAUCCAAUCCUCCAUCAAAAGGGCUGGUUGUAAUCUAAUGAGCAAGACUAAGGAACGUUCAGUGAACAGAGUAAUUGAGAUCGUUGAGAUGGAGAAGCUUACCGAUUACACAUGUAGCCCAGAUUACAUGACUUCUUGGACUCAGAAGACAACUUCACAGCAAAACUUCAUCAAUUGGAUUUGGGAAUGUGAAGAUCUUUAA